AUGCCGCCCGCAGGAAGCGGUAGCUCCCGGAAGAUUUCCUUCAACGUGUCGGAGCAGUACGACAUCCAGGAUGUAGUCGGUGAAGGCGCCUACGGAGUCGUCUGCUCCGCGCUGCACAAGCCGUCGGGCCAGAAGGUUGCCAUCAAGAAGAUCACGCCUUUCGACCAUUCCAUGUUCUGUCUGCGAACGCUCCGAGAGAUGAAGCUCCUGAGAUAUUUCAACCACGAGAACAUCAUCUCCAUUCUCGACAUCCAGAAGCCGCGCAACUACGAGACAUUCACCGAGGUUUACCUCAUUCAGGAACUCAUGGAGACUGACAUGCAUCGCGUGAUCCGCACUCAAGAACUCUCCGACGACCAUUGCCAGUACUUCAUCUACCAGACUCUUCGCGCGUUGAAGGCCAUGCACUCCGCCAACGUCCUCCACCGAGAUCUCAAGCCUUCCAAUUUGCUGUUGAACGCCAACUGCGAUCUCAAGGUCUGCGAUUUCGGUCUUGCCCGAUCGGCCGCCUCGACAGAGGACAACUCGGGUUUCAUGACAGAAUACGUCGCCACGCGUUGGUACCGUGCGCCCGAAAUCAUGCUUACCUUCAAAGAAUACACCAAGGCCAUCGAUGUAUGGAGUGUCGGAUGCAUUCUGGCUGAGAUGCUGAGCGGCAAGCCUUUGUUCCCUGGAAAGGACUACCAUCACCAGUUGACGCUCAUUCUCGACGUGCUCGGCACGCCUACAAUGGAGGAUUACUACGGCAUCAAGUCGCGCCGCGCUCGUGAGUACAUCCGAUCGCUGCCAUUCAAGAAGAAGAUCCCAUGGAAGGCCAUGUUCCCCAAGACGAACGAUUUGGCUUUGGACCUUUUGGAGCGUCUACUUGCUUUCAACCCUGUCAAGCGUAUUACAGUCGAGGAGGCAUUGAAGCACCCAUACCUCGAGCCAUACCAUGACCCCGAUGACGAGCCGACUGCCGACCCGAUUCCAGAGGAGUUCUUCGACUUCGAUAAGAACAAGGACAACCUGACCAAGGAGCAACUGAAGCUUCUCAUCUACCAGGAGAUCAUGCGAUAAGCUUUUCGAUUCUCACCUGUGCGAUAUAUACGAAUGAUACCACUGUGCUUGGUUAUAUUGUCCUGUUCUGACGCCAUACGAUCGCCAUAUGGGCGAGGUUUUCAAUCAAGUUGUCAAGCUACAUUAGCCACUGACGACCAGUAUAUGGGAACACAUGGACGGAAAGAGAAGCAUGACCCGGAGAUCUGGUCUCCACAUCAUGGACCUUAUAAAAUCAAAGUACCGAUUAGGAAUGCAUUGCUUCUUUUGUGCCCUCUGCAGUA